AUGGCAAAAACUAAAGUGGCACCUUUGAAGAAAAUUACCGUUCCCUGCUUGGAACUCAAUGGUGCACUUCUUGCUUCAAAAGUUGCGUCCAAAGUUCUCGACACCUUACAGUUACCAUCCAUCACCAUCUAUUGCUGGUCAGACUCGAAGACAACUCUGAGCUGGAUUCGAUCAAACCCAGGAAAACAUAAACAGUAUGUGGCGAACCGAAUCACCAAAAUCCAAGAGCUGACAACUAUCGACUGCUGGAGGUAUGUGCCAACUAAAAGUAAUCCAGCUGACAUAGCUUCUCGAGGCGUCUACCCUUCUCAGCUACAUAGUCUUGACUUAUGGUGGUCUGGUCCAACAUGGCUACAAAAAGAUGAAGGAGAAUGGCCUGAACAAAAAUUUGUCGUCAGUGAUGUACAGGAGGUGACAACACUUUUUGCUACUCAUAGCCCGUCGAAGUUAACAGAGGAUAAGAUGGCACUGGGUCUUCUCUACAAAUAUUCUGACAUCAACACAUUAAUUGGUGUAACAUGCUGGUGCUAUCGUUAUAUUGCCAUCAAACUAAAACAACCACAUGCUACCUCAUCCUGGUGCACAGCUUCUGAGCGACAAGCUGCCUUACAGUUUUGGAUAAGGUAUGUUCAAAGAAUACAUUUUACUAAUGAAAUUUCUUGUCUCUUACAGGGUAAACCUGUCAGCUCAAAGAGCAAGCUAAUGAAACUCAAUCCAAUGAUUGACGAUACUGGCAUCGUACGAUUGAAUGGCAGAUUAAAAAAUGCCCUAUUGCCUGUGUCUGAACGGUUUCCUAUCAUUUUGCCUAAGGAAAGUAAACUUACGUCUUUGCUUAUUGAUCAAGCACAUAACGCCACUAUGCAUGGUGGCAAGCAAACGACAAUUAACUUUCUUCGAAGGCGCUAUUGGAUUAUCGACUGUUUAAGCAUUCCGGACUAG